CAUUAACCAACCGUCAAGUUAUUAUUAAUUACUAAUUAAGAAAGUGUGAGAGAAUGAAUUGUUGAAAGAAAUCGAAAGAAGGGAGGAGAAGGGUGUCAAUGGCAGAGUGUUUGGGUGUUUCAGUUUCAACUCUUGGCUCAUUCUCUCUUAGUAGGCCCACAAUCUUUUAUCGAUCUCCCAUUAAUAUCUCUCUCUUUGCCUCUCAAUCUCAUUUCCCUGCUGCUGCAUUUGGUUAUUUGACACCUUCCAACCCACACCUGUACGCCGCUGUCUCCUCCGACUCCAAGGCCGCUACUUCGCUAGACCUAACUCAACCCGAUCUCGAUAAUAGCGGCGGCGGUGCUAACGGAAACGCUAACGGCGGCGGCGGUGGUGGAGGAGGCGGAGGAGGUGAUGAUAGCAAGGGCGAGGAAGGAUCGGACGGUGACAAGAGGAAAAUGGCUCUGUUGAUGUCUCAGAAAUUCACUCUAGCUUAUGCUGCACUCGUCGGAGUGGGUGGUGUAAUGGGUUAUCUAAAGAGUGGCAGCAACAAGUCACUUUUGGCUGGGGGUUUGUCUGCAUCACUGCUGUAUUUUGUUUAUACUGAGCUACCAGGAAGGCCUGUUUUUGCUUCAUCUGUUGGCCUUGGCAUAUCUGCUGCACUUCUUGGGGUGAUGGGUUCUCGUUUCAAGAAAUCCGGGAAGGUCUUUCCAGCAGGUGUUGUGUCACUUGUGUCCCUCAUAAUGACUGGUGGUUACUUGCAUGGAAUUAUGCGUAGUGCGCACUAAGUAACGAAGGUGGAUUGUAGGAUAGUAUAUUGUAAACUUCGCUGAAUGCAAUCUCUUCCUGCUGUUGUGAAGCUUGUGUUUUUGUCCUGUAGACCCUUGAUGCUUAUGUUGAUCAUACAUGUGGACUUUUGUUGUUAAAUAAGGACAUCGGAGUUUGAAGUUGGUUUGGCCAUCGUUUACAGGCAUGAUUGUUAUGCAAUGUUCUGCGCAAGUCGUAUUUGAGGAGUU